GAAAUACUACUUUUAUGUGAAAUUGUACUAUUUAUGUUUGAAGAUGAUAUAAAGACUUAGCUUGACUUUGAACAAGCUGUGUAAAGUGAAGACUGAAGAAUAGAAAAAUAAAAAUAAGACUUGGCUGUAUGGGCUUUUGACCCCUUUGCCUGUCCAGAUGGACGAACAGAACCAAAAAAAAAAAUGUUUAUGCUGCCAAUCGCCUGUUUUUCAUGUCUGCAUAAUAUUUUAUAGGUUAUUUUCACCUUUUAGACAAAGUUUAAUAAAAUAUAUAUUAAUAAGAGAAGUUAAAAGCUAAUCGAAAAUGCCAAAAGUAAAAAAUUUAGAAAAGCUUAAGCAUCCUAACAGUAGAAGAAUGUUGUCACUUACUAAGAAAAUGUGUAAACAAGAGAAGAAAAACAAUAACAAACUUGGGACUCAUAUCAAGCAGAACUUAGUUGGUGAAAAAAUAAUGUGGUUUAAGGAAAGAUUACCUGAUGGCUGUAUAAUUUUAACUAAGGAACAGACCCUAGAGUUAAUAGAAAGGUAUUUAACUAGGUUUGAUGAAGAAUUACAGCAAAUAGCUUUAAAAAAUUCUAUAGGCCAAAGGAAAAAUCGCCAACAUGCAAGUAGAGAAGACGUUAUAAAUAUAACUAAGCAGAAGGAACGCGAAGAAUUUGAAACAUGUGGUUUAGAAAUGCCAAAUUUAAUGGACCAUCAUGAAAUGGAGGUUCUAAAGAAUUGGAAUGGUGAAUUACGUUUUCUUCAACAUUUUAAGUUAAAAAGAAUAUCUAAAAAGCACUUGACAUGAUUCAGGUUUUAUUUUUUGUGGACAGAAAUGUAAAAUAAUUAUACGAAUAAACCUUGUUACAUAGUGAUUAUAGUCUAUUUCAUACUUUGAUAACCAAAAUGGAAACCCAAGAGAGCAUAAAUUAUGAAAAUUAAAUACUUACUGAAAUGUUUAAAUAAAAUAUAUCUAUUAUUACUAUAA